AUGUCUGAAGAGUGGCCUGCACCACAACUUAUUGAUGAUUUGGAGCUGGAAGGUUCGAAGGAUAAGUCCAGGGUUUUGAAGGACCUACUGGCUGGCACUACAGGAGGAAUAGCUCAAGUUCUUGUUGGUCAGCCUUUUGACACCGCAAAAGUCCGUCUACAGACAUCUACUAGAGUGACUUCUGUAAGUGAGGUGGUGCGCAAUUUAAUAAAAAACGAAGGUUUUAUGGCAUUUUACAAAGGGACAUUGACGCCGUUAUUCGGUGUGGGCGCUUGCGUAUCUAUACAAUUUGGUGUUAAUGAAGCUAUGAAGCGAAUGUUUCAUUCAUUGAAUACUGAUUCAUUAUCCACACUUUCCCUCCAACAGUACUAUACCUGCGGUUUGGCUGGUGGUAUCGCCAACUCCUUUCUUGCAGCACCUAUUGAACAUGUGAGAAUAAGACUACAAACUCAAACACAAACCGGGACUGGCGCGAGUGCGUUGUAUAAAGGACCCAUAGACUGCAUCAAGAAACUGAGAUCUCAAGGCGGCUUGAUGCGUGGUCUGAUCCCAACAUUACUUCGCGAAGGACAUGGCUGUGGUACCUAUUUCCUGGUUUAUGAAGCGCUUGUGGCGUCUGAUAUGAAUAAAGGCCUAGACAGAAAGAAUAUUCCAGCGUGGAAGCUCUGUGGAUAUGGUGCUAUCGCGGGCACUGCUUUAUGGUCAGUGGUGUAUCCCGUAGAUGUUAUAAAAUCCGUGAUGCAAACAGAUAAUCUUAAGUCUCCAAAGUACGGAAAGUCUAUGCGUCUUGUCGCCAAGAAUUUGUUUAUACAAGGAGGAAUUCGUGCAUACUUUAAGGGUUUCACACCUACGAUGAUGAGAGCAGCGCCAGCAAAUGGUGCUACUUUUGCAACUUUUGAACUUGCUAUGAGAUUUCUCAAUUGA